CCGUUAGCGUACUUAUAACCAAGGAAACACACAAAUACACACCGGAGGAUCUCGUCCCAAUUGUUUGAACGUUAAUAAUUAAACAAACUCUGGACGAGUUAAAUACAUUUAAAUGACGUAAAUAAAGGCAUAAUGUUUGUGGAGGAUCUUAGCAAUGAUUUCUACGGUAUAGUACAAGGAAAGAGAUGUUUGUUGCUGGUUAAUUUUGACGUUGACGCUAUUUGUGCUUGUAAAAUACUCCAACAACUAUUUAAAAAUGACAACAUCGUCUACACUCUUGCUCCAGUACAAGGACUUAAAGAUUUGAUAAAAGCAUAUGAAGACAAUGCCGAGGAGAUUAAAUAUGUUAUUAUGAUUAAUUGUGGAAGUACUAUUGAUAUUGUUGAGAUACUAGAGCCCCCAGAAGAUAUUAUAUUUUUUGUUAUCGAUAGUCAUCGGCCUUACGAUUUGUGCAAUGUCUAUUCAGAAGGACAGAUACGUAUUCUUGGCAAACCAAGCGACGAUGAAGAGAUACCCGAAUAUGAUGAAAUAUUUCGUGAAGAUUCGUCUGAUGAAGAAGAUCAAGAGGAGGAGGAGGAUGAUGAUAAUUCAGACGAGGAAAUGGUGGAAUCACGUCAAGCAAAGCGUCGUCGUCUAAAUGAAGAGGAUUUGUUGAAACGACGAGCACGACGUGAGUGGGAGGAAAAACGUGAUACUAUUUUGUUCAACUACAUGCAGUACAGCUACUACAGUAAGUCUAGCGCAGUUAUUAUUUAUGAAAUGGCAUGGAAAAUGUCUAAAGACAGCUUGAAUAUGGUUUGGUGGGCAAUUGUUGGAUCCUCGGAGCAAUCUAUUCUAAAUAAAAUAGAAUCUAGUGAGAGUGUACUGGAAAUAGGCCGUCUGCAGAGUCAUGUAUCGCGACUAAGUCAUCGUCAGGGUGUUGAUUCAGAUCAACAGCAGCUCAGCGCAGCAAAAGUAACUUACGAUAAAGAUAUACAGUUGGCUCUGUAUCGUCAUUGGACAGUUGAGGCAAGUUUGAGACAUUCAAUGACAACAGCAGUGUCUUUGAGACUUUGGUCAAUACGGGGAGAUCAGCGCCUUCGUGGGCUGCUUGCCGAAAUGGGAUUGCCAUUAGAUCAAUCAAAACAGCGAUUCACUGCUAUGGAUUUAAAUUUAAGGCUUGAAUUUCGGGAAAUGAUUGAACGAUUGGCCUCCAAGUACAACGUUGACAGUAUUGUAGGUGCUAGUUUUACGAUACAGUCAGGGUAUACUUUUAAAUAUUGCGCUUCGGAUAUUGUUUAUGCAAUGUUGGCUUUAUUGGAAUCAUCAACAAAAGAUCGUUCUCCUCAGCACUGUUUUCUCGACGCGCUCGACUGUUUAUCACUUAAAAAAAAGCAAGUACUCCAACGGGGUAUUGAGAAAGCUAAAUUAAUGCUGAGUAAUAUAUUCAAAACAGCUCAAGGUAUUUUGGAAAUGAAACAAGUUAUGAAUGCUGGAUCAUUCCUGUACGUAACCAUUCCAGAAGGUACCCUUGAUAGUCGAUUGUUUGCUCAUCCACAUCCCCUUAUAAUGCUUGCCCAAUUCACAUUGAAAGCCUACGUUGAAACAUCCAAAAGACAUACACGGAUUCUACCGAUGCUUGCUUCAGCAACUUUUAAUCCUGAUGAGAGUACUUGUAUAUUAGUUGGUGUGCCGCCUGUUUGUGAGGAUCAACCCAGAAGUUUAUUCGGCAAAGCUUUUGAACAGGCGGCUAAAAACACUAACGCUCACAUUGAAUCUGAUUAUUUUGAUACAACAAUAAUAAGACUGAAAAUCGAAGAACGCCCCAAGUUCUUUGACGCACUGGCUGCUCUUCUUACAUAAAUACCACAUCAAAUUAA